GCAUUCGCUCCUUCCACCGGCCAGGGUCAGGCGUUACAGCGAACUGUCAGUCUUCUGUCUUCUGUCAUCUGUCAUCUGUCAAGUUUCCCGCCAUGACGUCGCGCGUUUUGUUAGUGCUUGUGGUCGCUCUACUGUGCGCCGAGUGUUGCGUGACGGCCACGAUCCCGAGGAACUUUGAUCCGAGAUCGAACGAGGAGAUGGUGACGAUGCCAAAGAAGAGACCCUUCUGCAACGCUUUCACUGGAUGCGGCAGGAAGCGUUCCCAGACUGCUCCCGGAAUGCCAAACCAGGACCUGAUGCGCCAAAGACAGUACGUCGACGAAGACACUCUAGGCACAAUGCUCGACUCGGAAUCGGCCAUAGACGAACUAUCCCGCCAAAUUCUAUCCGAAGCGAAACUGUGGGAAGCCAUACAGGAGGCCAGCGCUGAAAUAGCGAGACGGAAACAAAAAGAAUUCUAUAAUUCACAAUAAAAAACGAGAAAAAAAACACAGCGACCAAUGUGCACGUAAAUGGCGAUAACGUAGCGUUUCUAAAAUAAUAUCUGUCAAUACUUUAAAGGAAGCCAUUUUGUUUUGACGUAUGGCGUUUAGUUAGUGAUUUUGCAUUUGAUUUUUCUAAAUGUGAAGAGAUGAUUUAUGUAUGUUUUGAUA